CAACAAGACUACCAGCAUGUUUUACUUCCACUGUCCCCCCCAACUGGAUGGGGAGUGCUGUCGCACUAACACGUUGAAUUCCAGCGGGUUUGCCAAUCACUCUGCCGGGGAUUUCGACGACGGCUUUCUACGGAGAAAGCAACGCAGAAAUAGAACAACAUUCACUUUACAACAGUUGGAAGCUUUGGAGGCAGUCUUUGCCCAGACCCACUAUCCGGACGUGUUCACGCGCGAGGAGCUAGCCAUGAAGAUCAACCUGACAGAGGCGCGUGUGCAGGUGUGGUUCCAGAACCGCAGAGCUAAGUGGAGAAAGACAGAGCGAGGGAGUGGAGACCCUGAUGGAGGAAAAGAGCAGAUGAACGAGGGAGGCACUCCUCCGUCCCGCAGUCUGAACUCCCAGUCUCCAGUGGACCACAACAGAAAGCACAAAGAGCCAAUGGAAAUGCAGCAGAGUAUGAACCGUCCGGUGGGUCCUGGUGGUCCGUUCUUUCCAUCCUGUUUGCCAGGGACUCUCCUCAACUCUGCUACCUACGCACAGGCACUGUCUCAAGUCGCCACCCUUAAAGGUGGAGGCCUGUGCUCCUGCUGCGUUCCUGACCCCAUGGGUCUCUCCUUCUUACCUCCGUACGGUUGUCAGGGCAACCGUACUGCUAGCGUGGCCGCCCUACGUAUGAAGGCCCGGGAGCACUCCGAGGCUGUUCUGCAGUCUGCCAAUCUGCUGGGGGCCGCACCCGGACCUGGGGCUGGAGUUGGAGCCCUGACCGGGGUCGGGGUGGUGGGGCCUGGGGUCGGCAGGCCCACGGUGGGCUCUGGCAUGGCGGUUACUUCUGGAGCCUCAGGGAGAGGAGGCGGAGGAGGGGGCAGCUCGAGUCCAAGCCCUGCUACCAAGGCCCCGACGCUGGGCAGCAGCCCGGAGAAACACUCUCACUGUCCCAAGGAGCCCCUGGAGAAGAAGUGAACGUGUAGACAGACAGACACUAAGGGUGUAUUGGACAGGAACGGAAAUACUGAGAUUGUAAUGACUACUCUCUCCCACCUGCUUUCUUGAAGCACAGAUGGACUCCCACAACACUUCUUCCGGACUCCGACAGUACUCCCAAAAAUAUUUCUACUUUUUGACAAUACUACCACAAUGCAGCUAUAUCACUCCCACAAUACUCCUACUGUAGUCAUACCGCACUCUGACAGUGCUCCCACAAUACUGCUAAUGUGCUCCGACAGUACUCCCCAAAAUACUUCUUCUGUACUCCGCAAUACUCCCUCAAUACCGCUACUCCCACAAUGCUCCUGCUGUGCUCAUACUAUACUCCCACAAUACUGCUUCAAUACUCCUACUGUGCUUUGACAGUACUUCCACAGUACUCCCACAAUACUCUGACAGUACUGUUGUGUGCUCCUGUGGAAGCAGCGAGGAGAGGCAUCUAACCAGACAUCCUAGUGUUUGGAUCAAACUUUCUAAGAUAUUUCUUUCAUUGUUAUUAAUUUGAUUGUAAUUUAUGAGAAAUGUUGAAUGUUGUGGGGUUAUGGACCCCUUUAUUAGCUGACGUAUUCUCCCAGCACUGUUUUGUUGCUAUUGGACUCUAACUCAUGGACUUUGUCAUGGAUAAAGACUUGUGUCAUAUAUGUGAAGCAAAGACUUUCAACCUGACUGAUGAUGUACAUUUGAAAUAUUUUCCUGCUGUUUCCUUGUGAACUGAUGCUCAGAGAUUUGAUGUUGUGUUAUAGAACUUUACAGGUCACGUUCAUCUGUUUAUUAAGGCAUGCUUAACUGUAAAAUAUAACAUUGGAAGUGUAACAUUUCAACUUUUUCUUUUAAAAGAUGGAGACUCAAUAUUAAGACCAUCUCAAUAAUUCUUUAUCUACAAUGAAAUUGGAUUUACUCUUUUAUUUGACAAUGACGAUGCACUUUGUUAUUAGUCAAGUUAACCCUCCAGUUCUGAACGUCGGUAUACAAGUGUGUACUGUGUUACUGAUACAUGAGCCAGUGUGUGUGUGUUAGUCAUAGUGAGCUGAGGCUGAGGCUGAGACAGUGACAGAGCAGCGGUGCCGCACUCCAUCAGCAUCAGUCUGUUAGCGCGUCUGAAGUGUGAACGGACACUGAACAUUCAAGUCCUGUUGUGACACGUUCUUUAAAACAAUUAAAGAUGUAGUCACUCAUGUACCUCUGCUGUUGCCUGGAUCUCCAGCCAUCUGCUGCUCUACAUUAUUAAUCAGCUUC